AUGGCUGCUAUUACUAAGCUCCUGUGGGAUUUAGCUCACAAAGCUGAUAGUCUAUGGGUUAAAUGGGUCCAUACUUAUUAUUUCAAAAAUAAGCCUUGGUGGGGUAUGGCCAUUCCUAUGAAAUGCUCCUGGGUGCUCAAACGAAUUCUGAAAUGCAGGGGUCUAAUUGACAAUAUUGGUAAUUGGGAUACAUUGGUGCAGGGGAAUAGAUUCAAGAUUAAGAAAAUGUACAAAGCCAUCAUGAUUCAAGCUCCUAAGGUCACUUGGAGAAGGGUUAUUUGUAAUAAUUUGGCUACUCCUAAGAGCCUGUUCCUCACCUGGUUGGCUGUUAAAAACAGACUGCUGACUAAAGAUAGGUUGCAGCAUUGGAACAUCCAGUGUGACCCUGCCUGUUUUUUAUGUAAUCAGAGCUUAGAGACUGUUCAGCAUUUAUUUUUUGCCUGUGAUUACAGUAGAGCUAUUUGGAGUCAGAUCUUGAAGUUACUCGGAUUUCAGAGAAGUGUUGGCUGUUUUGAUGUUGAGUUGGAUUGGAUUUCAAAGAAAUGCAGGAAGACUAGAGUUAAAAGCCGGUUAUUGGCUAUGUGUUUUGCAGAAUCUGUCUACCAUAUCUGGCUUCAAAGAAAUGCUCUGAUCUUCACAGGAAACUUGAAGUCUACUGAUGUGGUGUUCAAAGAUAUUAUGUUUUCAGUAGCUUGUAGAUGCCAUGUUAAGGACAGACAUUUGUUAAUCUUGUAA